AUGCCCAAAUCCCCACCGUGCGCGUUCCCAUGGUCCUCCAUGUGGCUGGCAUCUUUGGCUACUUUGAUGGUGCAGUCGGUGCUCUCUUCAUCCUACUCUUCUUCAUCCUCCUCAUCCUCCUCCACGUAUCAGAGAUCUGCAGCCGGCGGGAAGCGGCCGGGCUUCAUGGAGAGGACGCUGGUUCUCCUGGAUGUCAACACCCGCAGUCCGCUCCGAGUCCUCAACGAGAACUUCCUCUCUCUGCAGCUGGACCCCUCGAUCAUCAAGGACGGCUGGCUGGACUUCCUAAGCUCCAAGCGGCUGGUGACCCUGGCGCGCGGCCUGUCGCCAGCCUUCCUGCGCUUUGGAGGGAAACGCACCGACUUCCUGCAGUUUAACAACCAGAAGAACCUCGCUAAAUUCAGAGGGCCGGGACCGGACUAUUACCUGAAGAACUACGAGGACGAUAUAGUGCGCAGUGACAUUGCACUGGACCAACAGAAGGGCUGCAAACUGGCCAGUCAUCCUGACAUCAUGCUGGAGCUGCAGAGGGAGAAGGCCGCCACCACCCAGUUCGUCCUGCUGAAAGAGCAACUGUCCAACAUCUACAGCAACAUCACAAUAACAGCCAGGUCUUUAGACAAACUGUACAACUUUGCCGACUGUGCUGGACUGCACCUGAUCCUGGGGCUGAACGCGCUGCACAGGAACCCAGACAACUCCUGGAACACCUCGUCUACCCUGAGCCUCCUCAAGUAUGGCGCUGGAAAGAAGUACAACAUCUCCUGGGAGCUGGGCAACGAGCCUAAUGCGUACCGCAGCUUGGUGGGCCGUGCGGUCAACAGCACCCAGCUGGCUCAGGACUACACCAAGCUGCGGACCCUGCUGCAGUCGGUACGCUACUACCACCGCGCCCACCUCUACGGCCCCAACGCCGGGCGACCCCGGAAGAACGCCAUCGCGCUGCUGGACGGGUUCAUGAAGAAUGCUGGCCCGGUCGUAGAUGCAGUUACGUGGCAACAUUAUUACAUGGACGGCAGAGUGAGCAAAGCGGAGGACUUUCUAAAGACUCGUCUGUUGGACACUCUGACGGAGCAGAUAACUAAAGUGACCAAGGUUGUGAACGCACACACCCCCGGUAAGAAGGUGUGGCUGGGUGGACUGGGGCCGGCGUGGACCGGAGGCAUCAAUAAUCUCUCUGACACAUACGCUGCUGGCUUUCUGUGGGUGAACACAUUGGGUAUGGCCUCCGUGCAGGGGAUCGAUGUUGUGCUGCGUCACUCGUUCUUUGACUACGGAUACACACACCUUGUGGAUCAGAACUUUAACCCUUUACCUGAUUACUGGUUUUCUCUGGUCUUCAAGCGGCUGGUAGGUCCGAGGGUGUUGGCGGUGCGGGUGGCUGGACUACAGAGGAAGCCGCAACCGGGACGAGUUAUAAGAGACAAGCUGCGCAUCUACGCCCACUGCACCAGCUACUACAACCAUAACUACGUGAGAGGCUCCAUAACCAUCUACAUCAUCAACCUGCAUCGAUCGCGGAAGAAAAUCAAGUUAGCGGGAACGUUACGGAACAAGACGGUCCAUCAGUACCUGCUGCAACCCUACGGCGCUGACGGACUCGGAGCCAAACACGUCCAGCUGAACGGGGAGAAGCUGCUCAUGUUGGACAACGAGACGUUCCCGGAGCUCAAGCCCAAGACGCUGAGGGCUGGACGGACCAUCGCCAUGCCCCCCAUGACCAUAGGCUUUUACGUCAUCAAAAAUAUUAACGCCUACGCCUGUCGAAGAUAA